AUGUCUAACGAAAUCAAGUCUCACUCCAUUGCGCAAGUCGCCAAACACAUCAAGAAAGCGUCUGCAAGGGCGUACGAGAUUCUCGCUUCUUAUUCGCUCGAACUAGCCAAAGAAGUCGACCUUGGUCCACUAUAUCAUGGGCAAUCAAUUCGGUUUGGGGAGUCUGUGGAAGGCAAAUCCCUCACUACAACCUGGAUUUCAAUCACGUCCUCUAAUAAUAUCGAGCUUGUCGAUGGCUCUACUCAUGGAAGAUGGAAUCUCUCCCGAAAGGAAUUACACAAGAUGAAGCUAUUCUUUCCGUUUGUUGAUUUGCGACGCAGGUUAAGCAGGAGUUUAUGGUUGUCGUCUUCCCUUAGCCUAGCGGCAUAUGUCUUCAUGGAAGAGGGCAUCUCCUCCAGAUUCGUCGAGAUGGACCUCAUGUCCCUGAAUGCCCUUAGGGAGGCUUAUGAGGCCAUUAGCCGGAUCCCUAUGAGACCUACCCAAGCCGAACGGGUGAACUUCAAGCUCGCAGAAGAAGCGGCAAAUUCUGCUGUGGAAGAAGAUAGACACAGCACGGACGACGACGACGACGACGACGACAUGGAUUUGGACAGAGAGAUAACUCGUCUUCUCUCCGAAGAAGGGACCAGUGAAGCGGAAGUUGAGGAUGGGCAUCAAGAAGAGGACGAAGGAAACUCGCUGAAUGACGAUGAGGGUGAUAGCGAUGACGAUCUGUCCGAAAUUGAGAUAAGGGAGCGGUAUGAGGCCUGCAAAUUUAUGCUGAACCGGACAUUCACGGCACUGAAAGAACGCGACCCUGAGGCGGCCCUUGACCUGGUACAAUUCAGUCAAGAUGCAUUUGAACGCAAUGUUUUCGAGGAUCCCUGA